ACAAUGUGCGUAGAAGAAGUAGCAAACGGAUUGAACAACCCUGUUUCUAUGAAGCAUGCGAACGAUGGAACACAAAGGUGGUUCGUGGUGGAACAAAUUGGUAUGGUCUGGGUAUAUCUUCCUGAUAAUUCUCGUCUCUCGACCCCUUUCUUGAAUUUACGUGACAAAAUUCUUGUACGAGAAUAUGGCUAUGACGAAAGAGGAAUGUUGGAUAUCGCGUUCCAUCCGAAAUAUAAAGAAAAUGGAUUGUUUUAUCUUUUUUACACUAUUUUAAUCGAAGGUUAUCACAAUAUAAAAAUCAGUGAAAUGAAGGUUUCGGCCACAAAUAUGAACAAAGCAAAUCUAGAUACAGAGAGGACUCUUUUAACGGUGCAAGAACCAGCUUUUAAUCACAAUGGAGGACAGUUAAUAUUCGGAGUAGACGGCUAUCUUUAUAUUUUUACUGGAGAUGGAGGAGGAGCCGGCGAUCGCUUCGGAAAAUAUGGCAACGGACAAAAUAAAAAAACAAUGCUUGGCAAAGUUCUGCGUAUAGACGUCAACAAUAAAGGACCAAAUGAUUUACCUUACGCAAUUCCUGCUAAUAAUCCUUUUGUUAAUGACAAAGAUUAUCUACCCGAAAUUUACGCUUUAGGGGUACGAAAUAUGUGGAGAUGUAGUAUGGACAGGGGAAAUGCAACAGGUUUCAACAAGGGAAGAAUAUUUUGUGGUGAUGUUGGUCAAAGUCAGUACGAGGAAGUAGACAUAAUCAAAAAAGGUGGCAACUACGGAUGGAGAGCGUACGAAGGAUUUGAUUGUUAUGAUUCGAAUAUAUGCAAUGAAAGCUUUGUUAAAAACUAUAUUCCACCAAUCCACGCGUAUUCCCACUCCGUUGGAAAAUCUAUAACUGGAGGAUAUGUUUACAGAGGAUGCCAAAAUCCUAAUGUAGAAGGGAAAUAUAUAUUUGGAGAUUACCACUAUGGGUGA